UGCAACACUUUAUACUCACAUUGAUUUUCUUAUCUCCUCAAUUUGACCGCAUUCACAGAUCCAGGCCUCCCAAAUUCCAUGCCACCGUCAAAGAAAUAUCCAAAUGCCGAGUGGGCGGGAUGGAUACAAGAAGUGGCGAAUCAAGCGACGGAGAACAACGCCAAGGUAUCCCAAACGUAUUGCAAGGCGGCUAAAGCGAUCAAGAAUCAUCCGAUCAAGCUCAAUCAUCCCAGAGACGCCCUAUCUCUACCCGGUGUUGGUCCCAAGGUAGUCAAGAUUAUCACCGACCGCCUCGAAAUAUGGUGUCAAGAGAAUCAGGUUUCGUUUCCGUCUCAAGUUCCCCUCAACAAGGAUGGUUCUGACAGUGGUUUAUCAUCAGAUGACGCGACUCGACCAAGGCCUCGCCCCGCGGAAUUAGUUGACGAGGAAGAUCACAAUCCAAAACCUCGAAGCGCCUCCAAUUGCCAGAAAUCUUCGGCCCACAAAGCACAUCCGACAGCCCCCUCUAAGCCCCGAGCCAAGAAGCCCUACCAGCCCAAACCACGCGAUCCAGCAUGGGGCAUCCUUGCAGCCAUGUACACCAUCUGCGAGCCAACUGAUUUAAAAAAGUUUAGCUCUCGUGAGAUAAUCGCUGAGCGCGCAGCGAGAUAUUCCGAUUGCACAUACGUCGACUUGAGAGAAGACACCAGCAAUCGUUAUGGAUCACAUUGGCAAUCUGGAAUUAAAGCUUUGAUCAAAUACGAAUUUGUGAUUACCCAUGCUACUUUGCGCCCCGCCAAGUAUGCGUUAACUCGAACGGGUUACGAAUUUGCGACCGUAAUCGCUGCUCAGGAAGAUAUCCCUUUGCUCGAUGUCAACAUGGGUCCGAACACGCUUUGCUUCGAGAAGAGCGCAUCAAGUUCUGUAUCGAGAGACCCGAUUCCCCGUGAGACUGCAAAGCCCUCAGGUAACGCCCAUUCCGAAGUCUCCAGAGAGGUCAACUUCAAUGAAAAAUCCCUCCCGGGCAACCUAGGAUCUGAAACCGGCAACUCUCUGGAUGCCGUCACUGGAGCACCUUCGGCGUUCCGGUUUUCUUAUCUUAAUAAUGCAAACCAGAGGGUACUUCAAUUGGGUGAAGCGGCAACUCGACUUAACAGCAAGACCAAACAAAGUUUUUACAAGAUUGAAUACCCUUGCGCUCAACAACUCCAUCAAUUUCGCCGCAAUCACGUUCUGGUUGACGAGAAAGAAUCCUGCAUUACAUUACCUCGGCAAGAAACAAUGAUUGGUUGGCUCAAGUCAGAAAAAUCCAUACCAACAUGCCCCGGAUUAUGUCCCACUCGCGCUCCUAGAAAACCCGACUUGGCAAAAACUGAUCGGGCCUCAACAGUGAAUUUUUUGUUGAUGUCUGAAAAGAAUUCAUCGAAGCCUGCCAGUAAUAUCUACAAACCUCCGGAAAUACUGCAAGCUGCUUCGGAAUUCGCUGUCGCGGCUGACGCCCAUCCCGAGCCACGCCUUGCUAAAUGCCCCUCGCAAGUUCCGGCCCCAAUGAUUACAUCGGUCACCUCAGAACAUGCACAACCUCAGUCCUCUAUGGUUCAACCCAAACAAGCACAACCAAAAUCCAAUACAAAUUCCAGCGGCUCUCGGCCUCGGGCUUCGUUUGCUACUGCAGAUCAUGUGCCUGGCGGUGUCCCUGUUGUCCAACCCAAACAAGCUUUACCAAAACCAAACGUAAAUUCCAGCGGCUCUAGGCCUCGGGCUUCGUUUGCUACUGCAGAUCAUGUGCCUCGCGGUGUCCCCAAGCCUCGAGCCUCAAUUGGCACUAUCGGGUCAAUAGCAAACCAAGUAAGAGCAGAAGUGUGGAAAGCAAGAACUUACUCAGUAAUGCUCGUAAUCGAUAAUCGCGAAGUGCAGUCUCAGAAUAAUCGUGAUGGGAUCUUUCAUGCAUGUCUGUCGCGAGCACGUCAAACUAUGGGCGAUCAAGUCAAGGUACAACAACGACCAUUAGCUGUGGGUGAUGCGAUUUGGAUUGCUGUACAUAACGAGACCGGAAACGAGGUAGUCUUGGAUAGUGUUGUGGAGCGAAAGCGCUUGGAUGACCUUUGUAAAAGCAUUGUUGAUGCCAGGUUCCAUGAACAGAAGGCUAGGCUGAAGAACUCCGGACUAAAGGAUCGCAUUUAUCUGGUCGAAUCGUACUAUUCACACAACAAUCGCGACUUGUAUGAACAACAGAUACAAACCUCGCAAGUAGAAAUCAUGCUUCUCGAUGAUUGUCACUUGCAAUCAACCGCUGAUUGGAAAGAGUCAGUAGAGUAUCUGGUGAUGCGCACCAAUGUGUUGAACCAACUUCAUCAGACGAUAGACCUGUCGGUUAUACCCGACAAGCAUAUCGACCGCAACAGCUAUUUAUCAUUCAUCAACGAGCUACGGCGUAUCCGACCGGAUGAUUAUUGGGUGACUUCAUACAAUGUAUACGAAAGCUUGAAUGGCAAGUCCGGAAACUUGACUGUGCAAGAAUUAUGGGGCAGAAUGAUCCAUCAAAUCAGCGGGAUGAGUGUCGAAAAAGUCGGCGAGUUCGUUACCCGCUGGCCCACUCCACGAUCAUUUACCGACGAAUUCUUCCACCAAUAUUAUCGCUCGGAGGGGGCUGCUUCUUCGGCUCAUGGGGCUCCUAAAGAUUGUUUGAGCAAGUGGAUCGAGGAUCAAUUUUGUAGUGGCGCAGCUCAUUCAAGGAAAAAACUCGGCCCUGCACUCAGUAAGAAAAUCGCAGAAUUGUUUUCUCUUAGCUCGUAUUGAUAACUUGAUCAGAAAGUCUGUCAACAAUGAACCAGACAUGUAAUGUAUAAUCAGUUUAGAUAAGCUAGAUAAAAGUGAUAGACCAAUUUUCUCU